UUUGGCUUGUAAUUCUCUGCAAGAAAAUUGCCAGCACAAGCUGGGUUAUCGGAUAAGAGAUAGUUAAAUUCACUUUGGCAUUUUUCCAGUUCUUGAUUGAUGAAAUAUUGCCUGUCUCGUUCUGCAAUGAACAUCUUUUUCAUUUCUGGAAUAUUACCACCAGCCCUUGCUUUGAAACUGUCAUAAAACUUUGGCAGUAGUCCAUUUCCAAAUAAGCGUAUUUUCUUUCGGGCAUUUGGCACAUAUCCGUACUUCGUAUGCAUCCACUUCGGCUCCUUCGGAGGGGUAAAAUGCAAACCCAACAGGGAAGAAGGUGCGAGAUUUUCAGGUGACGAAGCAGUAACAGUAUCGCUACCCGAAGACCGAGCUGCACCAGGAGGGUUACAACGCUUGUGUUUGGCCGGAGGGCAGCCACAGUAGUUACAAAGCAGACAAAAGAAAUCUGAAAGAAACACCAUUCCAGAAGAUAUUUGUUGGGAGAGCAGAGACGAUGUUGAAAGACUGACUAACAAGCAACUUCGGCUCUAUCUAAGGCAAGAAGGCCUAAUGGUAUCUGGAAACAAGGCACAAUUAGUUGAGCGAAUACUUAAGCAUGCAGAUGGUUCUGUAGCAAGAACAUUUGAUGAAAACAUCGAAGAUGAUGAUGAAAACAUGCCCUCUAGUUCUCAUGAUGAUACCUCAAGUGAUUCUGAGGAGUCAACCGAGUAUGAAGGUGGUUCAUCAGGCGACGAUUAUGUGGAGCGCAGCUUCCAAGUUUUAUUUAUUGAUGAUGCAGACAUACCAGAAGUAGUGUAAAGGUAAAGAGGGAUGAAGGGAGGAUCGGAGGUUGGGGAGGGGGGAUUGAAAGUAAUCUCCCCUCUAGACGGGGGUGGACAAGAAGUUAUUUUAACUUUAAUUCAGGGGGGGUGCAACUUUAUUUUAAGGCCUACUUUGCUAAUUUUAGAGCCCCCCCUCCAGAUAAUUAUUGCACAGUCCCUUAGCAAGGAAAAUGCCCGUUACUUUUGCGAUUUUUGCGAAAUUUGCGGCUUUCACGAAGCCCUUCUUGGCCUUUUCUCUUUGUAAAAGUAGAAUUUUGAAAAAUUUGUUAUUCCCAUUAUUUUCGCCAUAUUUGUUACUCAAUCUUCUCACGUAGCAAGAAAAAUUCUUCUUACUUUUGCGAUGUUUGUGACAUUUGCUAUUUCUUCUCUAUUUUUCUGAUAGCAGUUUUCUUUAAAUCUUUUUUUGCUAAAAUUGCGAAAACAAUUUGCUAGCAAAUUUUUGCUAACAAGAUCGAUCCUGGACAUAAGUGCCGUUUGCAACAUGAAAAACACAAAUAACCUUACACAAAUAAAGCUUUUACAAGCAAAAAUCGUUUUCAGGAUACACACUAAGUGGUCUUUGUAGUGUUUUAGCCUCGCGAGUAAAUAAUUCGUGAGCUCGUUGUAUUGUCAAUUUUUUUUUAAGAGUAAGAACCUUUCAGAAUUCGGCAAAAUUCUAGGGUCCACUUUUUUGAAGGUAUGAAAGGACUUCAAAGUUGCAAAAGACUAUUUUCAGAUUAACUUUAGCAGUAUUUUUUGCUCGAUGGAAUGUUGACAAUUACAGUUUAAUCGAGUAGAAGAGGUGUGUAAACUCAACAUUUAAAUUUUCCCCCUACAUCAAAUUCAACUGACUUAUGAGGAAAAAAAAUGAAACCAAUUGCAAAUCUUAACGAAAGCUCGAGAUUUCAGUUAAUCAGGACAGAGAAAACUACAGAGAAAUGGCUGCUUUCCUCGAGCAACCGGGCCACCAUUGUCUGCACCAACGAAGAACAACACAAAUUAGCUGCACAAAAUACCUUUUUCCCUAACUUGGCGAGUCGACAGAUGAAAACAAAGCGCUACUUUUCUUCUUAGGCUUGGAAGUACAAUUUACAGCUGAAUUUAAACUUCUGGCGAUUCCAUGUAACCCAUUAGGCUAUUGUUUCCGAUUUGAUUUGCAAUGUUUGAAAAUUCUGUAAAGAUCAAACCUAUUGUUUACCGAAUUAAUUAACCUCGCCGCGAAUAUUCCGCUUUUAUUAACCUCGUGUUCAAUAAAGAAUAAUUGCUAAUUAUCCAAUGUGAAGUGCGGAACAAAAUAUCAGUCAAGCAGGAAAAGGUGUGUUCCACAAGAUUCCCCCCUUCCCGGUCAUGUCCUUGACAAAAAUACUGGAAACCUUUAUACUUUCUUUUCCUUCCUCUUUCAAUAGAAAAUACGUCCACAUGGUCACUUGAACGGUAACGCUUAUCCGGGCCGCAAUGCUACUUGUCCUCUUUCCAGCUCUUCAAACAAAAACGAUGGUCACGCGGUCGCUUUAACCGAUUUCUACCGUUGCUUGUAAAGGACCCUUUUGUGUUGAAGUUUUAAGCAGUUUCUACGGUAGGUUCUUUGUUGAAGAAGGCCAAUUUAUCAACUCCACAUCGUCCCUCCACGUGUGCCGCCAUUUUUCUUAUUUGUUGAGGCCGCCUCGCUUUGGCGCGCUGAAUCGUGAAAGCGAGUCUUCCGGAAGUCAAUGAGUUUACCGGAAACUGUUUCCGCGUGGUCCGCAUAGUUCUAAAAAUAACUUUUUUGAAAUUAAGAAAUCCCGGCCAACGCCCUGAGAGUCCCUCUCUGUCCUAUUAUGGCUCUUGCAUUUAACUAUCAUGGACUGAGCAGCACUGAUUAUCAUGUUAAAGUCCACAUGGAAGAAAAUAAGGAAAAAGCGUUUUCCGAAUGUGCAUCACUUACGUUAAUCCCCUGAGCAUGUAAAACGUAUUCUGUUACAUAUAGUACAGUCGACUGCCGAUAACUCGAACCUUCAACGGAAAUCGAAAAAAGGUUCGAGUUAUCGGGAGUUCGAGUUAACGGGAGUUUGAAGAAAAUAACCGAGAGUAAGGUAAAAAACAGUUUUUACUGCACAGUAAACAUUUUACUCACAUUUAAUUGUAGAAAUGUCAAGUGAAAAUUAAAAGAUACUUUUAGCUUAUAAAUCAGAACGUAACGUAACAAAACAUAGCUUAAAUAGAGCAUGCGUUUUACUGUUUUGAGAGGAAAAGCUGCUUCACGUUAGCCUGUGACAAUCAACAUUAGCCUCCACUGGUGAACUAUACUCCUACAACACGUCAAUAGGAAAUCCAAAAUUCAAAGUUUCGGACGCCAGUAGACGGCUUUUUUCCCGACUUUUUAAGGGCUCAAAACAUGGUUCGAGUUAUCGAGGGUAAAAUUAUAUAGAAAAUGACCUGAGUGGAAACGAAGAUUGUUUCGAGUUAGCGGGAGUUAGAGUUAUCGAGGGUUCGUGUUACAGAGGGUAAAAUUACAGUGAAUGUAGGACGGAAAUCUAGGGGAAAUCGAUUUUGGUUCGAGUUAGCCCGAGGUUCGAGUUACCGAGGGUUCGAGUUAUGGGGAGUCGACUGUAUGUGACAAAUAUUUGUGUCGUGCCGAAAACAGCUUGAAGACUAAGAUCUGGGCUGGGGUAAACGUGUAUCAGGAACUAUACUAAGAAACUGGAAAAAGCUAGUUCUUUUGAAGAUCGAAACAAGCAGGUGCUUUUUAGAUUCCUUGCACAUUGAGCAACGCAUGUGGUCUAGGGCCAGAUGUCCAGUCUUUUCCCUGCAUCGUUAGAAGUCAAUUCGCCUGAAAGCAUUUAUUGUUAUGCUAUAUCAUGAUCACAAAGCAGAUUCCCUUCUUUUAAGUCUCUAUGUUGUUUGUGCCCAAGACAUUUUCGUUGAGUCCACUCUCCAUUCUAACUACCCAUGAAGCUUCUCUACCAUGAAGCCAAGUUAGCUUCCCUAUCAUAUAUCUUGGUACUAAUGUACAUCGACGCUACCUUGCAGCCUACGAGAUUGCUAACGUAUUUACUAAAAAGGCUGCACUUGCACUUCCUCCGUUCCAUGCAUUCACAGGUGUGACAAGGUGAAUACUUCCGGUCACCUCCAGAAAUAAUCGGAGUUGUUUUCGCUUACACGUUCUUCUAUACGAUUUAAAAGUAGUUCUUUACUGUCAACUGACGAAGCCAAAAGUAGUUUCUUCGACCCGACCUACAUUACUUAAAGAUUUCAAAAGGAAGGCGAACCAUGCUGGCCACAUAUGGAGUCAGCAGGCACGGGUACCAAGCAUCUAGGUUCCUAGUCUGCAAGACUGGGCUGGAUAUCUCUAAGAGGAGAGUAGCGACUCUCCUGCACACCACUGUCAGAAAUUACCAAGCUGAGGGUGGAACUAGUCAAGUACGCUCGUAAGAAGGGCUGUGCUCAGAAGAGUGACAAUCGUGAAAGGCAAUGCCCAACUCUUUUUUUCGAUUACAAGCACUCGUCGGCAUGAAGUAUCAAGUCAUUACCUCAAGUUUAGUGAUGGAUUAUAUGUGAUGAAAAUAGUAAAUUGAGUGUAUACAUUAGAUUUAAAGAAAAUAUUAAAGUAAAGAAAAUUAGCAGGCACAACAGAAGUUUAAGCUCAUUCCUUAAAAUAAAGUUCCGACUCCGGUAGUUUUAGUUCCGGUCUAGCUGGCGGCAACUUAUAUCAUCUUUAUUCUACUUUUAAGACAAUUUGCGUUGAAAUAAUAUCUCUUUGUAUGAAAAAACAGCUGCCUUAGACAUUUGCUGACAUUUUGUUUUCCAACUUGCUAAAAUUUUAAAGGAAAUGUUAAUUUUACUUCGGUUCAAAAUGGCCGCCAUUUUAAAACUCUUAUUUUUCACACUUAACGGACUUUUUGGCGAUGGCACCAUAUCCUAUCUUUUUUAGAGCUUUAAAAACUAUUAUCGUGCCAAAUUUCAUGCUUUUAACAGAAAGUGAACAACUUGAGCACAUAUCUGCUCUACUAUCAUAAGAAAAUUAAUAAGCAAACGCUCCUUUUUUCGAGGCGCACUGAAAUUGUAAGCCUUACAAUUCUGAUCGACAACAAGCCUAUCUACAUUUAUAGUUUCAGAACAGGCCUGUUUUUUAUUAUUGAUUUACUAUUAUUAUUGUUACCGACAAAAUUGUAAGAAUGUAAUGCGCUUUUGUAUUUUGUUACCUGAACGUGAAAAUUUGGAAAUCGAAAGGUUUAAAAUUUUGGUUUUCUGGAAGGUAUUUGGUAUAGUUACAAUUAUAACAACAAGAUAGCUCCUCUUUUUAGGCCGAAGUGUGAAUUCUACAGGAGACAUUGGUCGCGUGACAAUGUCCACAUCAUCAAUCCGGUAUGGGUCACGCGAUCGAGUUUCUGAAAGAGCAUCAAAACAAACGGCCCAUUUUCACUGAAGACUGCUAAAGCUACAGCAAAGAAAACUUCGGUUCCUCUAUCUAUGCAAAAGAUGACUGUUCAGAACACGGUGCGACGCUUUUAGGUUUGAUAGAGACAUAAAUAGCGUGAUUUACGAUCGAAUUACUAACUGGAUUUCGUGAUCAAGGAUUAUUGAAGUUUGUAGGCUGAUACUUCACUAGAGAUUUCCGAGAAAAGCGGAACUUCCAAGCUUUUGACUAAGCCUUCUUUCGCCUAAAGCCGUUCAGAGACUCACAACGAGCAACAUGUCCACAACGGACAACAUAGAUCUUUCUGAAUUGAAACGUCUUCAAUGCUUUAACGACGCCGUAUUCGCUAUUGUCGCGACCAUCCUAGUUUUACCAAUAAGAAAGCUCGAGGAGAACGCAAAGGAAAACGUUAGUCUUGAGGAUCAGCUCAGUGAUAGAUGGCCCCAGCUUUUGAUAUAUUUGGUCGGAUUUCUCGUGAUUUGUGCUGUGUGGGAAUCGCAUGUCCUUCGCUUUCGAAUCUUGUCCCGAGUCGAUGACGUUCUCGUCUGGUUCAACCUCGCAUCGCUGCUGUUUACCUCAUUUCUACCGUUCACAUGCGCUCUGGAGGGUAUGUUCACCAACAAGUACCUUCCGAUGAUGCUUAUCUGCGGAAACUUGCUCACCCUAGAGAUUCUAGAAGUCGUUAUGAUCGUGUAUGCUUUUCACCAUCCGCAACUCCUGGACGAAGAAUUUGAGGAGCUCACGCAUCCCGAAAUCAGACAAAGAAUGAAACUAAUGCUGGUGAAGAAGGCUGUAAAUCCCAUUUUGUAUGUUUUAGCCGGUGUGAUCAGCAUUGCGCAGAUACAACUUGCUUUAGUCGUGGUGGCAAUAGUCAUAUUCUCGCCUUGCAUCAACCGCUUCGUGGGGGUUGUUUAUCGGAAGGUUUCGCGCAUCCCCCUGACAGGAUCCGAGUUCGACCGAAUGUUCGGAAACCUCGUAGAUAAAGAGAGAGUGGAAUUUUUCAGCGAUGGCCUUUUCGCGAUCGUGUCUACGCUGCUCAUACUGGAUAUCACAGCGGAAGAUUUCCCGAACCAUAAAGACGUCGAACGCGAUGGUAUCCAGAAAACCUUGUCACACAUGAAGUCGGAGAUCUUCACUUAUGGGGCUACUUUCAUGGUUGUCGCGCUUUUGUGGUUCACGCACCACUCGCUCUUCCACUGCAUCGAGAGGCUGAACCAAGUGAUGCUGGUCUGCAAUAACAUCUCUUUGGCAUUCGUGGGUUUGUCGCCAUUAAUCAACGUGACACUGAAUCGUUAUACAGGGCACGGCAAGUCUGACAGCCGACUUGCUGUCCAAUCGGGAGCGAUUAUCGUCUUUGGUGCCAGUAUUUUUCAAGCAAUUGUUUUUACUAUCGCUUUACUGAAAGGUCCUAACUUUCUCGAGUCCCGCGCGGAUCCUCGCGCGUCGCCUCGCGCACACACGUACCUCGCACUGAAGCUCAGUGUCAUUCCACUGAUGACCUUCCUCGUAUACAUAUCAGCCACGGUGUGUCCAAGCGCCUCGUUAUCAGAUGACGUGUACCACAUUGCCGCUGGACUCACUCCUGUUACAUUCAUCGUGCUGAAGAUCGUCUUCUCAUGUUGCCGGCGGUGUUGUCGCCUGUCGCUUUGCAAGGAGCAGCAAAAAUCUAGCUAUUAUUCAUCAGAAUUUUACGACAUCAUCGAAGUUGAUUAA